AUGACGGAUCAAUCGGGCACCCAUCAACAAGCUGGUCCCGACCUCGUAGCUGCGAACGCAGCAUUACUGGCAAAAAAUCAGCGAAUGGCCGAACUAUUAGCCACCUUGCAAAACAAAGGUGAAAGGAAAAAUGUCGACAAGGAAGUAAACACUGAUCAGCAAAAUGAACACCAGUCAGAAUCCAAUGCCAAAACAGAGGAGAAAACCCCGAAGACCGGAAGGGGACGAGCUAACCCCUUUUCUGAGGAAAUCAUGAGCUUUAAAAUGCCUCAGAACUUUACGCUCCUUAUGACGCUGGUACCUUAUAAAGGGAUCGGAGAUCCUAAGAUUCAUGUGACUAAGUUUGAGUCCAUGAUGUUCCUCAAUAGCGAUUCCGAUCCCAUAUUAUGUCGUUCUUUUCCUACUUUUUUAGACGGUGCUGCGCUGUUGUGGUUUUCCAAUUUGCCUGCAGGUUCAAUAACAAGUUUCAACGAAUUCUCCAAACUCUUUAUCAAUCAGUUCGCGGCUUCCAAGAUUUACGUACGAGACUCAGACUAUCUCAGUACUAUCAAACAAGGAAUGCACGAGAGCCUGAAGGACUAUAUGACUCGCUUCACGACGGUGGCCAUGGAGAUCCCCGACCUUAACCCGGAAGUUCAACUGCACGCCAUAAAGAGUGGUCUGCGCCCGGGGAAAUUCCAAGAAGCAAUUGCGGUAGCAAAGCCAAAGACACUGGAGGAGUUUCGAGAAAAAGUGACUGGGCAAAUCGAAAUAGAAGAACUACGGGAAAAUCGGAGGAGUGAAAGGCAGCCGAACAAAAGGGACGAGGAUAGGACAAACGCCAAAGACACUAACAAGCCCUUCAGACUGACACCCAAAUAUGACUCCUACACCAGAUUCAAUACCAAGAGGGAAGACAUCAUCAAGGAGAUACUACAUAACAAAUUGAUAAAGCCGCCGAGCAGAGCCGGCUCAUAUCAAGACCAACGAUAUGUGGAUAAGUACAAGCGCUGCGCCUUUCAUUAG